AUGAUUGCCAAAGCGCUGCCCUUCGCCCUCCUUGCUGGUGCUGCCUCAGCCGCCUGCCCUCUCUCUGUCGAGAUCACUGAUUCAAAGAGCCAUGUCAUCAACGUCGCAGUGACGAACACGGGCAACGAGACCAUCUCGGUCUUCAAGGGCAACACGGUGUUCAGCGAUCAUGCCACCAAGGAUCUCUUGGUGGCCGAUGCAGAAGACUGUCUAACUAUGGUAGACGGCAACGCACUCCCAUUCGAGGGCGUCUACGUCAACUAUAAGAAAACUGGCCUCGCGGCUAGCUCAUUCCAGCAGAUCGAGGCCGGACAGACAGUCACAGUCCCGGUAAACGCAGCUAAGAGUUACAAACUCGAUGGCGUGCCACAAGCCAAGGUCACGGCUAUCCAGGGAUUCCGCUACGUAGAGGGCACCGAGGCGCCCUCCUCGCUCAAGGACUUGGCUGCCUGUGAGGAUGUGACGUCCGGGGAGGUCGAGGUCACGCCCGACCAGGCUACUGUCGCUGAGCAGCACAUUUCGCACAAGCGUGAGCUUCCCGCCACGUCUCGCAUCCAGAGGCGAUCCAUCACGUACUCGUCAUGCUCCACCUCGCAGACAAGCACCCUGAAGACAAGCGUCUCCGAUGCUAUCUCGAUGGCCAGUGCUGCGUACACUGCUGCUGGCACUGCAGCCGACUAUUUCACGACCUGGUUCAUAUCGACCUCCAACGAGGCCAAGGUCCGGACGAUCUACAACGAUGUGGCCAAUGUGCAGACCACGUCGCCCAAGAUCUCGUGCGUCGACACGUACAGUGACUGCACCGGCGGCGAUGCAUUGCUGUACACCGUCCCAUCGGACAAUGUUAUCGUGCCGUGCCCCAACAACGGCUUCUGGGACUUCCCCGAGCUUGCUUCGCAGUGCUCGGGCGACGACUAUGACAAGGCGGGUAGCAUUCUCCAUGAGAUGACACAUUUGUACGGUACCGACGACUGGGCCUAUGGUCCGGACGCCGCCAAGGCCCUGUCCGCCACCAAGGCCGCUGCUAAUGCGGAUACCUACGAGAUGUACGCCGAGAGUGUUUAA